AUGAAUCCUUGUGAAGAUAAAAGAGCCCUUUUGAUCGCCAGAGAGCAAGAGAUUAUCCAGAAACUAGAGCUACCAAUCAUGCUCAGGUCUAGAAAACUUGCUUUGCCUGUUGACAACCAAGGGCAAGAGAUGUUUUUCUUUGACUUUGUUAAAGAGCAUAUUAACUCGAUAACGGAGAAUAAAAAGGAAGCUAAAAAGAAGAGGUUUAUGCUCAAGAGUCAGGAAGGCAUCCAGAGACUUGCCGGAUAUAAGUAUGAACACAAGUUUGUGUACAAUCAGAAGACUAUGAGAACUAACACCGUCCUCUCUUGCAAGUACGAGGGAUGAACUAAAGUAUACAAUAAAACUUGGGACUUACUCGAUCAUAUGAGAAAGCACACGGGUGAAAAACCUUACCAAUGCAAGACUUGUCUGAAGAGAUUUUCGCAAAGAGGAAAUGUCAUCAAACACAAAAAGAUGCAUGCUAAAGAGAGAAAGUUAGCACUAGAAGCGCAAAACAGCCGGGAUGAGAUGACUUCGAAUUCUAUAUCUGCUACAAAACAUAUUAGCCCUAAAAAUGAAGAGCCAAUUGUGAUAGUCUUGGAUUAAAGCAAGCUAACUUAUUUUUAUAUCCAAAUUAUGCUGACUAAUUCAGGAUAUGGAUAACAAUAGAACUACUAAAUUUAUUGAUCAAAUUUCUCUAUUGGCUCAAUUUAU